GUUGCCUCUGCAUUUCCUGCAUUCCAAUCCCCAUGGAUUUCUCAAUCAUUAGAAGGUUAGCAAGCAAAUGGACUCUUCUGUGUGUAUCACAGGCUGUGCUUAAUGCUGGUAUCAAAACAAGGAGAAUCUACUAUAGGCUAUGGAUUCUUUUCUUACACUUCUGGACCUACUUUAUCAGUUGUAGUAGUAGUGGUAGGGGAUUGACAAGUUCUCCUUGAAGGAAUCUGGCCACAAGUACCAUCAUGAUCACAUGGCUGUUACUGGUCUCACUGUUCUGCAACAGCGAACAAGAUGGAAAUUUUAAAGACAACGGUGUUUAUCGCUGUGGACCACAGAAUAUGACACUUUCCACUUCAGACAACAUAAUCCUGUUAACAUGGCAAGAUGACCCAUUAUGCAUGUCAGUACGUGAAAAACUGAUUUAUGAGCUGGAGGUGCUCAUAGCAGAUGAACUAGUACAUUAUGAGGAAGUCACUGUUGAACCAGAACAGAUAAGAGCUACUCACUCAUGGAAUUGGUCAUCCCAUUUAGCAUUGGAGUGUGCUUCUCACAAACUAAAACUCAGAUCGCGAUCUGGAAACCAUACAAGCCAGUGGGAACAGGAGCAGACUAUUCCCGCCGGCAGAAAUCCAUCCAAAAGGCCAGAGGUUUAUCCACGAGAUAAGGUUUUUCAAGUUGGCAGUAAAGCGACCUUCUGCUGUGUUUUACCAAUGGGUCAAGCUUUUAAAAACCUCUAUAUAAGUGGACACGACAGCAAAAACUGGGAGUUUAGCAACAUCAGCACUCAAGUGCAUACCCUGACUGUGGAUUUGAACCGGGCAUCAAAGACCAGUUGCACUAACAUCAUUUGUGAAGCAGUGAAUGACAAAAAGAAAGUUGUUGACAAUGGGGCUUGUGCUUACAUUGGAUAUCCACCUGAUGAUCGGGAUCUUACCUGCGAAACUCGAGAUUUCCAAUCGGUGGACUGUAUUUGGAAGGUGGGACAAGACACACACCUCGGUCUCAAGAGUCCAACAACCUAUGAAUUUCUCGGAAGGAGAUGUGCGGAGGGAUACAAUGGGAGAUGUUCUCACAAAAUGCGAGUGGAUUAUGCAAUGUUGAACUGGACUUUAACAGCACAAAACCAACUUGGGAGGGUCAAACUCAUUGAUAGAGCAGACCUUUUUCAUAGAGUAUACAUGCUUGCCCCACAAGAAGUUAAAGUCUCAGCAGUCAAUUCCAGUAUCGUGAGAUUAGACUGGGAGUGGGAAGUAAAACUGUAUGAAACUCUCAAUAUAAAAUGCCAAGUAAACAUCAGUGAUGGAGAAACACAUGCAGUAAAAGAACAUAUUGGAGAUGGUCUUAAUUCAGUGGCUAUUAAUGACUUAAUUCCCAACUGGGCCUACAUGGUGAGGAUACGAUGUGGAACGACUCAACAUUUCUGGAAGUGGAGCAAUUGGAGCUCAAGUGUUGAGUUUAACACAAUGGGCGAUGUUCCAGAUGCUCUGGAUAUAUGGAUGCAGGAAAAAGACAACCAAACCAUAAUCACUUGGAAAGUACCACUCGCAAACCAGAGCCAUGGAGACAUAAUUGAUUAUGAAAUCUCUUGGGCACAGAGCUCUGAGAGACAAGUAAAAGCCAACGUUCUGCACCCAAAGCACAGUUUUGCACUCAGUCUGGACACCAUGGAAGAGUAUGCAAUCAGUGUUAUUGCCAGGAAUCAAAAUGGAAGCUCUUCUCCUUCAACUAUUAUCAUCCCUGUCCUCAGCACAGAAAGCAAUGGAGUUAAACCCACAAGGAUACAAGGCAGUAACGGCGGUUUCAACCUGUCUUGGUCCGCCAGUCCGCUGGCUAGCUGUGGCUAUAUCGUGGACUGGUGCCCAACCAGAGGGCCAUGCCAAAUAGAUUGGCUGCGAGUGCCUCCUAGUAAAACACAUGUCAGGAUAUUUUCAAAAAACUUUAGAGAAGGAGUAAGAUAUUUGCUGUCGAUACAUGCCUGCACUCAAACAGCCCCAUUGUUACUUGAGAAAAAAGAAGGAUAUGUCAAAGAGAAACUCAUACAAGAUGGUCUUUUUAAACUACUGAAAUGGAAACCGAGAGAUAUGGAUGUUGAGAUAUCCUGGGAUCCUGUAGCUAUACAAGAGCAGCCCGCUUUCAUCCAUGGCUACAUUUUAUACUGCUGGGACCACAACAACAGUGUCACGUAUAUCAGUACAGACGAUCCUCAGGCCACCAGCUUAACAGCAAAAAACCUUCAAGUCAGCACAUACAGGUUCACUGUUAAGGCAAAUACCUCUGUUGGAGAAUGUGGUGAUACAUCCAUCACCGUCACCUUAAAUUCAAUGACUGAUAACUUGAUCAAGGCUGUCGGAAUCACCCUCAUUACUAUUUUUGUUCUCCUCUGCUUAAUUGUUGUUCUUUGCUACAGGAACUGGGAAUGUAUCAAACUGAAGGUCUAUCCUCCAAUUCCGAUGCCUGUAUUGAAGGACAAAUGGAUGACAACACUGACUAAACAAAGUUCCCAUCCAAUUUUUGUGGAAAUGAGUCAUCAUACUGAGGCGGAAUUAACGGCUAUUCCAGAGCUGCACUGCAAAUCAGAAGCACCAGUGAAGGAUUACGCUGACCAGGAAAAUAUUUCUUCUCCAAGUACACAUGGGUCUCACGACAAGCCAAUUGAAAAACCCGUCACACAUAGCACCACCGUUCCAUGUCAGUCACUGCUACUAGCAUUAUCAUCAUCUCGCGGACAUCUCAACCCCUCAUUCAUUCAGACUUCACCAGAUUCAGCGGGAGGCUCCGAUGGAUAUAAACCCCAGGAGCAAAGGUUAUAUCCAGAAGAAGAUACAGACAAUCCUUUGCCUUGUGUCUUAACCUAUAUUUCGCUACCACAGUUACCUUCUGAAUAGUUGCUGCAGAUUUACUGUAUUUCGCUGCAAGGUUGACGACAAAAGUUUGGAGGAGUGGUAAAAACUCUGAAUAGCACUUUUGUAAAUUACAGACCACUUAAAGCACUUUACAAGCAACACACAAUACAAUUUCCUCCUGAAAUGCUGUUUAAUGUUAACUUCUAUAUCAUUAUCGUUUUUACAUUAAAAAUAUUUGUUAA